UGUGUCCCCAUCCCUUUCCUGCCAUGCCCCCAUCGCACGGGAACACUAAAGGGCUGUGGUCCCCCCCUGCGCCCUGGGCUGGGGAAGGGGAGUGGGGUCCCCAUCUCCUCAUGCAUCACAUCCGUGCCCCCGACCCCUCUCAGCCCCGUGCCGCCGCCGUGCCCCAUGGCCACGGAGCUGACCGAGCUGGAGCUGGCCAUUGAGAAGCUGGUGACCGCGUUCCUGGACCAUGCGGGGCAGGAGGGCAGGAAGGGCUCCCUGACCCCCAGCGAGUUCAGGGCCCUGGUGCAGCUCCAGCUGCCCAACCUGAUGAAGGAGGUCCCCUCCCUGGAGGAGAAGAUGCAGGAGCUGGAUGUGAACCAGGACGGGGAGCUGAAGUUCAGCGAGUACUGGCGGCUCAUGGGGGAGCUGGCGAAGGCCAUAAGGAGGGAGAAAGCCGGGAAGAAGUGAUGGGAAUCUCCUCCAGCACCGAGCUAAUAAAGGAGGAUCCCCUGA